AUGGAGAGUACAUUGAAGGAACAGAGAGGUGGGGAGUUGGUGCUGGACCUGAGCCCAAGAUCGACGGUCGGAGGAGGAGUGGAGGAUGUCUACGGUGAGGAUCGUGCCACUGAGGAUCAGCUCGUUACUCCCUGGACUAUUUCCGUUGCUAGUGGGUAUAAUUUGCUGAGAGAUCCACAUCACAACAAGGGGCUUGCAUUUACAGAGAACGAGAGAGAUGCUCAUUACUUGCGCGGUCUUUUGCCUCCAGCUAUUAUACCACAAGAUCUUCAGGAGAAAAAAUUAAUGCAUAGUCUCCGCCAGUAUGACGUUCCCCUGCACAAAUAUAUGGCUUUGAUGGAACUCGAGGAGAGAAACGAAAGGUUGUUCUACAAGCUUCUCAUUGAUAAUGUGGAGGAGCUUCUCCCAAUUGUCUACACUCCAACGGUUGGCGAGGCUUGCCAAAAAUACGGAAGCAUCUUUAGGCGGCCUCAGGGUUUAUAUAUAAGUUUGAAAGAGAAGGGAAAGAUUCUUGAGGUAUUGAAAAAUUGGCCUGAGAGGACAAUUCAAGUUAUUGUUGUGACUGAUGGUGAACGAAUUUUGGGGCUUGGUGAUCUUGGCUGCCAGGGGAUGGGAAUACCAGUUGGAAAAUUGGCGUUAUAUACCGCACUAGGAGGUGUUAGACCUUCUGCAUGUUUACCGAUUACCAUUGACGUGGGGACAAAUAAUGAGCAGCUACUUAAAGAUGAGUUUUACAUUGGGCUCAGACAAAAGCGGGCGACUGGGAAGGAAUAUUACGACUUCUUACAUGAAUUAAUGACUGCCGUGAAGCAAAACUAUGGUGAAAAAGUUCUUGUACAGUUUGAAGAUUUCGCCAAUCACAAUGCUUUUGAGCUGUUGGCCAAAUACGGCACUACUCACUUGGUGUUCAAUGAUGAUAUACAGGGGACGGCAUCUGUGGUGCUUGCCGGGCUAGUUGCAUCACUUAAGCUACUCGGGGGUACCUUGGCUGAUCACACAUUUUUGUUUCUUGGUGCUGGAGAAGCUGGUACUGGUAUAGCAGAGCUUAUAGCCCUUGAAAUGUCGAAGCAGACUAAAGCUCCUCUGGAAGAAGCCCGUAAAAGGAUUUGGCUGGUAGACUCAAAGGGUUUAAUAGUUAAAUCCCGCAAGGAAUCUCUUCAACAUUUUAAGAAGCCAUGGACUCAUGAACAUGAACCUUGCAACACUCUCUUAGACGCUGUCAAGGCUAUCAAGCCAACAGCUUUAAUUGGAACAUCUGGUGUUGGAAAACAAUUUACAAAGGAGGUGGUUGAGGCUAUGGCUUCUUUCAACAAGAAACCUCUUAUCAUGGCUCUUUCAAAUCCAACCUCUCAAUCUGAGUGCACUGCUGAAGAAGCGUAUGCGUGGACCGAGGGUCGUGCAAUUUUCGCUAGUGGAAGUCCAUUCGACCCGGUAGAAUACAAUGGCAAAACUUAUGUUCCUGGCCAGUCAAACAAUGCUUAUAUCUUUCCGGGGCUUGGCUUUGGUUUGGUCGUGUCUGGUGCUAUCCGCGUGCAUGAUGAUAUGCUGUUGGCAGCAUCUGAAGCUUUGGCUGGUCAAGUAACACAAGAACAUUAUGACAAGGGAAUGAUUUACCCACCACUUUCUAACAUAAGAAAGAUCUCAGCUCAUAUUGCUGCAAAGGUAGCUGCUAAAGCAUAUGAACUCGGUUUGGCAACAAGACUUCCUCAGCCUGCAGAUCUGGUCAAGCAUGCUGAAAGCUGCAUGUACACUCCAAAUUACAGAACCUACCGGUGA